ACCAAAUACAUUUUGAGGCUGACUUUGCUGACUCAAUGCAACCAUCUGAAACAGACUCACAAUGCGAGUUGUCUGACUCUUCCUAUAAGAAUAUUUUGUUGCAGAUUGAACAACUUAGAAUGAAGUGUAAAGAGUCUGUUAGCCUAUCAAGAAUUGAGGGUGCAUUUCAUUUAUAUGAAGACCUCCUGGAACUUAAGAAUAAUGAGGAUGAACGACUUAUAGCAGAAAUUAAACAAAUGGAAAAUAUGGUUAGUGUACUACAAAAGGAAAUCUCUAAAACAAAAGAGACAGAAUUACAAUUAGAGCAUCAGAAGACCAAAUGGGAACUAGAGCUGCGCAGGUUGAGACUUGCCUUAAAACAAGAAAAAGAGAAGAAAGAAAAUGCCGAAAUGUUGUGUAAUAAAGUUAAUGAACAGUUAAGAAUAAAAGAAGAGGAAUGUAGGGGAAAGGCUGAAAUGAUUCAAGGACUUAAAUGGUCUCUGAGAAAACUUAUUAAGGAAUUGAGGAUGCAGCAGCAAACAGAUGCCCAGCAGCAACUUUUUGAAGAACAGAAUGCCAGAAUAGUACAAGAUCAGAUUCUGACCAGUAAACAAAAGGAGCUAGAAACGGCUCAAAAGAAAAUGGAUUCUGAGGACAAAAUGAAGGCUGAUAUGUCUGACCUACGAGCUAGGAAUGAGAUUCUUUCUGAAAAACAUUCUAAUGUGGAAAAUGAAAUUAGCCUACAAAUUCAGCUCGAUAAUGCAAGAGAUGCUGUUGGAGAACAGAAUUUGAUUUUGGAACGUGUGCAAAGAGACCUCAGCCAAACACAAUGUCAGAAGAAAGAAAUUGAACAAAUGCACCAAAUUCAACGAAGAAAACUGAAGAAAUACAUUGCAAAGCAGGAAUCUGUAGAAGAGAGAUUAUUUCAAUUAUAAAAUGAAAAUACGUUGCUUCGACAGCAAC